AUGCCUCUCGAAGCCACCGUCAUCGUUGUCGACAACUCCGAAUACAUGCGCAAUGGCGACUACCACCCAGAUCGCUAUCACGCACAAGCCGAUGCCGUUACCACCCUCUUCCAGACCAAGGUCGACUCCAAUCCCGAGAACACUGUCGGCUUCAUGACCAUGGCUGGUAAAGGACCAGAAGUUCUCCAAACAAAUACGAAAGAGUUGGGCUCCAUCCUCGCCGCCAUCCACACAGCCGAGUCCAAGCUCGGCGGCCUCUCCAACGUCCCGAAUGCCAUCGAGAAGGCGCUCCUCGCCCUCAAGCACCGCUCGAACAAGAACCUCCGCCAGCGGAUAGUCGUCUUCCUCGGCUCCCCGCUCGAGGGCCAGGCCGCGGACGAGAAGUUCAUGGUCCGGCUCGCGAAGCGCCUCAAGAAGAACAACGUCGCGGUCGACAUCAUCGCCUUUGGCGACGGCAUCGAGGAGGGUGAGGCGACCAUCAUGAAGACGUUCGUCGACAGCGUCACCAGCGGCGACAACUGCCAUUACCUCUCCGUGCCCCCCGGCGCGCACCUCCUCUCCGACAUGGUCCUCACCUCGCCCGUCCUCGCCUCCGACCGCGGCGUCGUCGAAGAGAACAUGGGCGUUGGCGCCCCCGGCCCAGCAGCCGGCGGGAGCGGCGGCGGGUUCGAGUUCGGCGUCGACCCCAGCCUCGACCCGGAACUCGCGAUGGCCCUGCGCAUGUCGAUGGAAGAGGAGCAAGCCCGCCAAGCCGCAGUCGCGCAAACGUCCUCUGCGUCUGCUCCUGCCCCUCCGGCCGCACCUGUGGCGUCAACACCAACGCCCGCAGUGCGCGCCGCACCUGUGCCAGCAGCGGCUGCGCCGGCGGCGGACGACGAUGAAGAGGACGAGGACGCGAUGCUUGCGCGCGCGCUCGCGAUGUCCCAGGGCGGGGACGUGGAGAUGGCGGAGGGAGACGAGGAGAACGAGGAAGACGAGAUCCAGAAGGCGAUCCAGCAAAGUUUGCAGGACCAGCAACGGAAAUGA